AUGUGCAACCAAACCACUGUGACCGAGUUCCUUCUUCUGGGAUUCUCUGACAUUCGGGAGCUGCAGAUUUUGCACUUUGUGGUGUUUCUAAUGAUGUAUCUGGCAGGCCUGAUGGGAAAUCUUCUCACCAUCACAGCCAUAGCCCUCAACCACCAUCUUCACACCCCCAUGUACUUCUUCCUGGUGAAUCUGUCCAUCCUGGACCUUGGAUUCAUCUCCAUCACCAUCCCCAAAUCCAUGGCCAAUUCCCUCAUGAACACCAGCGUGAUUUCUUAUCCUGGAUGUGUCACCCAAGUCUUUCUCUUCAUGUUCCUUGGUUCAGCUGAUCUCGGCAUCCUGACUGUCAUGGCGUAUGACCGAUAUGUCGCCAUCUGUCAACCACUGCACUAUGAGAGAGUGAUGAACAGGACAGCUUGUGUCCAAAUGGCAGCCAGUGCCUGGAUCAGUGGUAUUCUUUACUCUGCCCUGCACACUGGGAACACAUUUGCAAUAUCCUUCUGUGGCAGUAACAGAGUGGAUCAGUUCUUCUGUGACAUCCCCCAGCUACUCAAGCUCGCCUGCUCUGAUUCAGACCUCAGUGAAACUGGGGCUAUUGUCUUCAGUGCAUGCUUAGCGUUAAGCUGCUUUGUUUUCAUAAUUGUGUCAUAUGUUCAGAUCUUCAAAACUGUGCUGAGAAUCCCAUCUGAGCAGGGCCGGCAUAAAGCCUUCUCCACCUGCCUGCCUCACCUCAUUGUGGUCCCUUUGUUUAUUUUCACUGCCAUAUUUGCCUACCUGAAACCCACCUCAAGUUCCACAUCACGGCUGGAUCUCUUGCUGGAUGUUCUCUAUGCUGUGGUGCCUCCAAUCCUGAAUCCGGUCAUCUACAGCAUGAGGAACAAGGAGAUCAAAACUGCCUUGAGGAAAUUGAAACAGCAUCUCUCCAAGCGACGUAGACUCAUGAUUGAUGUAAUUAGGUUGACACAGUGUCAAUCACAUCUGAUCAGUUCCAAAAUUUCAGGGAAUAUUUUAGGAAUCAAUGGCCAGAAUCCAGCUUAUUUUGGUAAAAAUCAACAAAGGAAAAAUAUGGGACACAUGGAGCUUCUGCCAUAUGAUUAG